AUGGCAUUACUAUCAGAUUUCAUUGAAAAAUCAUACUUGAAUAUAUUGAAAAAUAUUGAUAACUUUGAGCAGACAGAAUGCAAUGAUCCAUUAAUAAAAGAACAAAAAAAAGCAAACAAUGAAAUGGAAUCCUUGCUUUUUGAUCAUAAAAAUACUGGAGAAAUCUUAGCAAAAAAGGAUUCAAUUUUGAGUGAACUAGCAGCUCUCAAAGAAGUGCAGGAAAAAAAACUAUAUCAAAAUAAAAAAAAUAAAUAUGCCAAAAUAAAUAUGAUAAAACAUUUGAUUAAAGGUGAGUUGUUAUUUUACACGAAAGAGUAA